UUAUGGAUCGAGAGGACAUCAUAUCGGACUUGAAACGGCAACUUGACAAACGGCACACUCGUGACCUUAGUGGCAGCUACCUCGACCAGGACGAAAAGGUUGAGCCAGUGCUGGACCUGGAGUUCAAGUGUCGCGGCAUGCAGAAAGAGAUUGACAAUCUCCGAAGACAGCUCCUCGAGAGGGAAGGGCAAAUUGAGGCACUUGAGGAAGAUGCCAUCAACCAGACCAUCGAGUUUGAUGUGGCCCGCCUCAACCGACACGAACGCACUCACUCAACACCCUCCAAGCAAGUGAAGAGUGUCGCACUCAGCCCCAUGAGAGGUCCGACCGAGUGGCCAGGCAAGAGUCAGCGGUCAAGGUCAAUGUCCCCUCGGAGAGAGGUGUUAACGUCCAAACCCAGACUCCACAUACAGAAAGAUCUGGAUGAUUGUAGAAUGAUCCUCAAACUUAAGAUACGGGAGUUGAAUGAGCUGAAGAAAGCCCAUGCCAAACGUCUGGAGCGCCUGAAGACCGUCCAGGACAGUUACCGAAAUGUCAAGGAACAACUUAAAACUCUCGAGGACGAGUACUAUGGGUCCAAAAAGAAGCGUAAGAAGGUGAAGCGUGCAGAUCCACGUGACCUGAGACAGGAAGACAGUCCCGCUGUGUGGAACGAACUUGCAUACUUCAAGAAUGAGAACAGAAAUAUGGCCAUUGAAAGGAUGAGUCUGGAGGAGGAGCUUGAUGGUCUCCGUGUGCAAGCAAGCCAGGAUGCUGCCACUGUACACGAGCUCCGUGUGGCACUACAGCAGGAAAAGGAAGAGAGAGCUUAUGAUCGUAAGAAAACAGAACGUGAGGUUGAAGGUGUUUCUAACCAGCGAUCAGAGCUGGUGCUGUUGCGGUCGGAGGUGCAGAAUGGGAAGAUGACUGCAGAGAGGCUCACACGAGAACUACACGAGGCCCGUGCAGACAGGGAGGCACUCACGGAGGAGAAAAAGUUGUUGAAGCAGGAGAUGAUGGAUCUGAAACAGGACGCUUCUCAACACCGGAUGGACCAGGCAGACCUCCGCAGGGACAUUCACAGAUUAAAGAGAGAGUUAGAUGAAGAGCGAGCUAUUUCUCGGCUGCACUCAGGCAAAGCUACGUCCCCUAUAAUGAAGACUGUAACUCUAAAGCCUUCUGGCAAAUCUCGCCGUAAACACAAUGGCAAAUCCAGAACUGCAUUCAAUGUCAGUGCAUCUAAAAAGUUUGAGGAGCUGGUGGAGGAGGGCUGGGAGGAGAUGUCCGGCGAGUCAGACAAUGAAGGAGGAACUGAGUCAGGAACGGACACUCUGGGUGAGAGGAUUGUACAGAAAUCACGCCACCACAAGCCUGACAUGUCAACCACAGACAGCAGUAUGGACCAGCACAAACACCGCAGGGGAACCCAGAUGAAGCACUCCCGCUUGCACCAUCCGACGUCGCCUGUCCGGGAGCCUGCACAGUUCCCUCCCCCUGCUCGCCACACUGAGGCCCGGGCCCACAGAGCCCUGUACCGAGAUGCAGGCACCUCGCCUGUCCACCAGCCUGUCCAGCUCCAGACAUCACCCACAGCCAAGAAAUCACCCGCGUACAAUGCCCUCGUGCGACAACUCAGACCAAUGAAACAGAGAGUUGGAUAUCUGCAACAGCAGGUUUUAACCCUGCGUGAGUCACGAGCAGUGGCCCUCAAGUUGACUGAGGAGUUGAAGGAGAGGAAUGUGCAGCUGGAGACUGAUCUUGGACAUGCACAGCAGAGACUCCGCACAAAUAAACAGUCCAUUCAGAAGCUGAAUGGUGACAUGGACAAACUGCUGGGUGAGAAAAAGGACUUGGAACAGCGACUUACGCAGAAACUGGAUAAUCUCCUACCAGAGACCGGCCGCUCAGACCAUGACUGGAAGGUCCUGGAGGCACGACUCAAGAGCUGUUCCACUGAGCUGUCGCGUCAGAACAAUGUUGUACGCCAGCUGAAGCAGGAGAACGAACAGCUCACUGACCAAGUCAAGCUGCUACAAGACAAGGUUGGACGAGCGGAGCGUGACAGCAGCCAGAAACGUACACUUCUAGAGGACCAGCGGACGCGAGUACGCCAGGCCCUGGAGAGCGCCAAGGCCGAUGCCAACUCUCUGGAGCAGUUGGAUACGAAAACCAAACUGUUGCAGGACACAAAUGAGAAACAGAAGAUACAGAUUGAUUCGUACAAGAAGAGGCUCGGAGCGGUGACCAGGGAAAAACGGGACUAUGAAGAGAGAUUCCUCAAACUUACAGCCGAAGUAGAGAAAAAGAACAAGCUAUUGCUGGAUAGCCAGGCUCGGCGUGCAGAUGUGGAGACGUCACUUUCUGCCAUGGAGGAAAUGGCCACACGACAGAUGAAGUCGCUUGCCCGGGAAAGCGAGGAUGCGCUUGAGACUGCGAAGGACAAACUACGCGAGAUACACCAGGUUCUGCAGGCAUACCAGCGUUUCGUUAGGAAUCUAGCUGCGGAGAUAUUGCGGCGAACACAGCAGGCUCGGGCAGCAGUGAAGGAGCAGGACCAGCGACGGGCGGCGUGUGAGCGGGAGAACAUCUCACUGAAGCGAGCACAAAACCUUGCCAAGGACAUCCUAAAUUUGUCACAGUCUGAUCUUGAUGAGAUCAUGAGUGCCGAUGGAGAUCACACAAACAUGGAGAGUGAGUCUGAAGUUGAGAGACGGCGGGACAGGAAGUGGGCUAAGAAGGUGGACCGUACACAGAAUGGCAAGGACGACUUUGCCCUGGCAUUGAUGGACUUGUUCCUACAGAAGAUAGAGGAGCGGCAUGAGCUGAUGGCACGGCUCCGGCCCGCGGGGGAGUCCCCCAUGACCUAACAGCACCCUGGGAGUCCCCUGUCCCCAUCCACUCGUACACAAGGAUCGGAGCUUCCUAACCAGACCUGCAAGUGGAUCUAACAUAAGGACAGCCAUACAUCUGUAGUGGUUUAACAGUAUAACCAGAGAUUCAGACACUGCCGGAACAUUUGUAAUCACUUGAAUUUUUUUUUUUGUAAACUUGUGUCAUAUUAAAUGUUUGACAUCUCAGAUAUAUUGUACAGUCAUGUGAUGUUGAAAUUGCAGUCAUGUGACAUUUUAUUUCCAUGUUUGUACUGUACUGAUCGUAUCAUCUAUGUUUUGUGAUAUUAGAAAUGACUUCUGCACAUGAAGUGGUAGAUACCUGUAUGUGAAGGAUUCUUAUAAUAUUUAACCCAGUGUUUACAUUAUUUCACUUGUACUGAUGUGAUUAUUUAGAUCUGACUGAUGCCGUCUCCUGUGCUGUAACCGUCCUGUGCUGUAACCUCGCCUGUGAUAUUACCAUAUGUGUACAGUGAUACUUGUAUAUACCCACAUGAUAUGUGUGGACAGGCAGUACAUAGCUGAUGAUGCAUUCCUGUAACUGAGACUACUGAUCUUGUAUUCCAUGUGUAUGCAGUGAGUGCACAGACAUGUACAUACCAGUUUCCAUACAGAUUUUAUAUUUUGAAAUGGACAUUAUGUUAUAAUGUCAUAGUUGUAUUUAAUUCAUGUGGUUAUCCAAAUUGUUUAUUUUUUUAAACAAAAUUAUAGUAAAAUAAAAUAGAAAAAGG